AUGGAUAAAGUGCUCCGGCCACACCAGGCCUAUGCUGCGGCGUAUCUGGACGACAUUGUAAUCCACAGCACGUCAUGGGAGAACCAUCUGCAGCACCUAGCAGCUGUUCUCCAGGCCUUACGAGAGGCGGGACUGACAGCCAACCCUGCAAAGUGCUGCCUCGCCCUGGAGGAGGCGAAUUACCUUGGGUACACUGUCGGACGAGGAAAUGUGAAACCCCAGGUAAAGAAGGUGGAUGCCAUAACAACCUGGCCCCAACCCCAGACAAAACGUCAGGUGAGAACCUUUCUAGGGUUAUUGGGGUAUUACAGACAAUUCAUCCCUAACUUUGCCUCUUUAGCGGCCCCCUUACAUGAACUGACAAACAAAAGUGCAUCCAACCGGGUGAAGUGGACGGAACAGACACAGCUGGCCUUCCAUGCCUUGAAGAAAGCCCUCUGCAGCGAAACCAUGCUACACACCCCCGACUUCGGCAAGAGGACUUUAAGUUUACAGUGGAACACAGAGCCGGAAAGCUGCAUGGGAACGCUGAUGCCAUGUCGAGAAGGGACGACUGCCUGUGGUCGGCCGCUCCCCACCGUGGAUCGGAGCUGAGGGGGGGGGGUAUGUGAUGGCCCAGCCUGUCAGCCGUGCCACACAUGGCUGAGGACAGCCAGGCAGAGGCAAUCCAGAGGCGUGGUGUUGGAGGG